AUGUGGACUCUCAGCUACACGGCACAAAAUAAACAAACAAAAUCAACAAAAAACAACAAGGCCAGAAAUUUUUUGGAUUUGACGGUUAUUUUCGCUGCCAAUUCAUUCCAUGGUGUUAUACCAAUUUCUUUGAUUCGAAUCGACCGGAUUACUCCAGCACCUGUGAAUAUUUUGGGUUCCAUGGGCUCAGUGCUAGAUAAUGGCCACCGAAUCUACGGACGUCACGGACACGCUAAGGAGAAGUUUGAUGCGCUAGAAAAAGAUUUUGAUGUGAUGGCGAAGGCAGCUGAAGAGGGAAAGAAACACGCUCACGAAGCAAACGCUUGGCGAGUGAAGUAUGAAAGAACAUCGGAGUUGUCCAUAAAAAUCCAGCAAAAACGUAAAGCUGAUAUGGAGAACUUCGACAAGGUCUUCAACCUUGCGAGCGGUUACUAUAAAGAAGUGAAACAUCUGACGGCUAGCAGGAGUGCUAUUAGGAAGGAGUUCAACAAACUAUCGAAACUCGUUAAGACCUAUGUACCCAUCAUGUUCAGUGUUAUCAAAAGUGCAAUAUCUCUACCGAUGUUCAAAACCGAGUUGCCAAAUAAUAUACAGCAGGACGCUGAAAAGUUAUGCACCGGUGAUGUAGAAAGAGCGUUCGAGCUCGAUUAUCCAGAUCACUGCUCUGACACCGAUGAAGAUGAUGAUGAUGGCAUGUCCUCGGAGCUGGAGAGAUUAGUAGGAUGCGUGAAACUUACUAAGAAGCCUGUCGAAUCCAAGUUGCCCUGGAAACCGUCACUGACUGUCACAGUGCCCCGCAAGGGAGAAAAAGUGUCAGUGCAACCUGUAGAGGAGCAGUCUUCCAAUGUUGUUGACAUUCCUGCGACGGCCGCUGUACCAGAACCAGAACCACUCCCUACAGUGACGGAGCCAGGCCAUUCAGAAUUGAUGGAACCGAGUAUCGAGCAGUUGGGCGAUGAAGAAGCUGAUGCGCUUCUUGAAGUUGGAGCAGAAGCUAUAACGAUGCCUGUACCGGUUAGUUGGGCCGUGCACUGGGAACAGUUUUCUAUGGAGCGUUUUGAGUAUGUGAGAGCUACUCUUGAGAAAGCUCUUCUCUGA